AUGAACACUCUUCAAAUAGACUCCAUUUCAGGUUUAGUCGCCGGUCUUAGCACUACUCUUAUAACACACCCUUUGGAUUUGAUCAAGGUUAGGCUUCAAUUAUCGACUUCAAAUCAGCCUUUAAGGCACAUACUACAGAACAUUUCAAAAAACCUGCAGUCAUCCAAGCAUUAUAUUCUAUCCGAGCUCUACAAAGGUCUUUCACCUAAUAUAAUUGGAAACAUCACGGGUUGGUCUUUGUAUUUCACCCUUUAUGAGCAAUUUAAGACAAGCUUCAGCCAGUCUCCUAAUACAAUCAAAUAUUUCAGUGCAUCAACGGUUUCAGGACUUGUUACUUCCUUACUUACAAAUCCAGUAUGGGUAAUUAAGACCCGCCUUCUUAGUGAAAAGAGCCGAUAUCUGUCUAUGGCUGAUGCAAUCAGAAAAAUCUAUACUGAAGAAGGUGUGAAGACGUUCUGGAAGGGUUCUGUUCCCUCACUCUUUCUGGUAUUCCAGAACAGUUUACAAUUCACAGUGUAUGACCACCUCAAGAAUCUGAAACUACUAGAUAACCUCAAGAAUGAUCAUGAAAUCCAGUAUUACUUCACCGCCUCGUCAAUUUCUAAAUUCACGGCCAUGUUGGUAAUGUACCCUUUCCAAGUUGUGAGAUCAAACCUUCAAAAGUUUGAUUCUACUAACAUAUACAACGAAUUACGGUACCUUUAUGGUACAAACGGAUUUUAUAAAGGGUUUACUGUCAGCUUACUCAAAGUACUACCUGCGACUUCUAUAACCCUCAUCACAUACGAAUCAAUGAGAAACUGGCUAACGCGUAUCAACGAAAAAAUAUAA